AUUCCCAUUCCCACACAUCAUCUGGAGAACCAAAAUAAAUCGUCGCUGCUCUUCAUGUGUUUUGAUUCGUGAUUUUCGACCGAAAUUAGCUUGAUUCCACGAUGUCCAUCACCAUACAGGAAAUCCUGCAGGAUGCGAAGCGGCUGGCUUGUCGGCUGAAGGAGCACGAUUCGGCCGCCGACGAGCUGCUGUCCCAGUCGCAGAGCGUUUUCAAGCAAAUCGACGCCAUGAAACAGUACCAAGAGGAGCUGUGCGACCUGAGCGAGAUCUCGGGGACGCGGCCGCAGAGGGCCUUGGUGGCCAGCAUCCAGCAGGAGAACCGGCAGCUGCGCGAGCUGCAGCAGGAGAACCGCGAGCUGCGCGCCCUGCUCGAGGAGCACCAGAACGCCCUCGAGCUGAUCAUGUCCAAGUACAGACAGCACGUCUCGCAGCUCAUCAGAAACUCGCACGUCGACUUUGAAAAAAUGUCCAACAGCCAACUAACACAGAAAACCGUGGACCAAGCGGACAAAAUAUCCGAAAUGGCAGCCGUGAUGCAGCACGCCCUCAAACUGGACGAGGAGGACGCAAAUCGGGACGAAGAGCUGGUCGCCAGGCUCAUCACGGAAAACAGGAAUUUGCGAGAGUUGGUGCAGAUUUCGACGCAGUUUGGCUCCAUACAAAAAGCAGAAGAGGCCGACGAGAAGGAUUCGUGACCCAUGUCGUGAUGAGAAGGCGGGAAAGGGGCAAAAUAAAUUAAUCUGUAACCAAAAUUAUUGUAAUAUUAUCGCUUAUUGUAAUUAAAUGUGAUCUGAGGGUAAUUAAUUUAAAUUAUAUGUUGUGAAAAGACAAGGAAAAAUUCAUAAAAAUGCGAAAGCACUAAUCAAAAUAAUGCGUUUCGUGGAACUGAGUUUAUUGGAGGAGUUCUACUGUUUGUUAUUUCUCUCAUUUUGCUUUAUGGAAUCUGUUAAUGAGUUUUUUGUAAUAUAAAAAAAUUAUAAUACUGAUAA